AUGCCUGGGGCUGGGGCGGCAUCGCCGGCUUUUGGCUCCGCCUGGCCCGAGCCCGGUCCCAGCCCCGACGCAGGGUCCAGUCCCGGCCCCGGCCCCGGCCCCGGUCCCGGCUCCUCCCGGGGCCCGCGGAGGACACAGGCGGCGCAGCCGCUCCCGCCGCCUCCGCUGCGGCUUGCCCGGCCCGAGCUCCGCCGCUCGGCAGCGCAGCCGCCGGGGCGGGUGGGGAUGGCCGGGCCGGGGCGGCUGGGUUCCCUGCUGGGGCGCGGCGGAUUCGGCAGCGUCUGCUCGGCGACGCGGCUCUCGGACGGCGCCCCGGUGGCCAUCAAACGCGUGCCGCGGGAUCGCAUCCGGCACUGGAGCGAGCUGCCCGACGGCACCAGCGCGCCCCUGGAGAUCGUGCUGCUGGCCAAGGUGUCCUGUGGCUGUGCUGGUGUCAUUCAGCUGCUGGAGUGGCUUGAGCUCCCCGACAGCUUCUUGCUGGUGAUGGAGCGUCCAGAGCGGUGCCAGGAGCUCUCGGAUUUCCUGGUGGAGCGGAGGUUCCUGCCAGAGGAGGAGGCGCGGGGGCUGUUCCGCCAGGUGCUGGAGGCCGUGCAGCACUGCACCAGCUGCGGGGUCCUGCACAGGGACAUCAAGCCUGAGAACAUCCUGCUCGACCUGGCCAGCGGGCAGCUGAAACUGAUUGACUUUGGCUGUGGCGCCUUCCUCCAAGACACAGCCUACACCCAGUUUGCAGGAACCCUGGCCUACAGCCCUCCAGAGUGGACCCAGCACCAAAGCUACCAUGGUGAGGCAGCGACAAUCUGGUCCCUGGGCCUCCUGCUGUACCAGCUGGUCGUGGGGAAGCACCCGUUCAGGAGGGGCCAGGAGAUCAUCUGGGGGCGCAUCUUGUUCCCAGCACGGCUCUCUCAAGAGUGCCAAGAUGUCAUUAAGCGGUGUUUGUCCAUGCAGCCCUCGGACAGGCCAUCAUUAGAAGAGCUUUUCUGCCAUCCUUGGGUGCAGGGUGCUCCUCGGCCCUAGAAGAUGGGAGAGAUCCAUGUGCACAGUUGGAUCCAGGGGCCUGGCAGGGAAGGAGAAGGAGCUCCUGGAGAAGCUGUACCAGGUGGGGCUGCUGCUGGAGACAGCAAGGACAACCUCAAGGACGACAGUCUCUUCCUUGGCCUGGCCAGCUGAAGAAGAUGGACUUGGAUUCUGGCACCUUCUCUAAAGACACACUCCACACCCAAUUUGCAGAGGUGCCACAAGUGGGCCAAAGCUGGCGAGUGGGCCGUGUCCCUGAGGCAGUGCAGUCUGGAGCUGAUGGAUGGAGAAUUGCCUUUCUGCACUCCCAAACCAGAGGAAAAAUCUAAAACAUGCUGUAAAAAAAGAGUGUCCUUUGCUCCUGGUUCCCAUGCGGAGCAGCUCCCUUCCUGCUGGCUGAGCUGCUCAGGCAGAGCCCGGCAGCUCCUGGCCAUGCAGGGCUGAGGCUUUUCCCCACUGCUGGGCACAGACUGAUGGAGCAGCACUGCUGAACACGGGCACACCCAGAGGGACCAAGAGCAGCUGCCUUUGCCCACCUGAGGCUCCAAGGCCCAAACUCUGAGCAGCCAGGGCUGGAAGAGACUCGCAGGCUCCCUGGUGGCUGUGCUGCCCCACUUGUGCCCGGCCCAGCUCUGCAUGAGGCAGAGGGAGAACAAGGGGCAGCUCCCUCUCAGCCCAGCCCAGGGACCCCUGCAGCCCCAGGGCUUGGGGCACUGUCAGCACCUGCUGCUCCAGCCACCACUCCUGCUGACCCUGACAGCAACACCCAAACUGGGGCUGAUCCCAAGGGAGCAGCAGCAGGGCCUGGAUCUGCUCCCUGACUCUGGGCCAGGGCUGGACAAAUGACCCCACAGCAGCAGCAGCACAUGGAGCUGACAUUCAGCACAGCCCCUGCCACUCUUCCCUCCUGUGUGCAGCAGUGUCACAGCAGCCUGAGGCACCUGGGAGCCUCCAGUGCCAGCAGGGACUUGAGAUGGCAGCCCUGGGCUCCUGGAGGUUGUGCAAGGAAUGCAGCUGGGAACUCCCUGUCCAUGGGGAGCUUCCAGAUGGAAAAGGCUGCUGUGCCCAGGCAGCUCCAAGGGCAGAGAAAGGAGCGUCUCGACCACUGGAUCUGUGCCAGUCCUACAGUCCUGGCCAGCAGCCACUGAGCCCUGGGGGAACAGAGGGCACAGCAAGAGGGACAAAGCCAGGCGAGGUCAGAGACUGGAGAGAGCCAGACCUGGGAGCAGGAACAGCUGCUCCAUUGCACUCUUGGAGAAAGCUCUUGGCUGGUUUAAAGCACUGAAAAGCAUGAAGUGCAGAGAGGAGGCCACAGCAAACAAUGCUCCUGUUUCCACACUCUCUCCUCUCUGUGUCCCAGAAGAAACUGGACUGUAUUCAUCUCUCCGAGUCGUCUCAUUCAACAUGAGCAGCUUAGCACCAGGAGCUGAAGGAACUGCCACCACAGGCCACAGGAGCUGAGCAAGAGGGAACUUUUGGAGCAAAGUAAUGCUGCUCAAAUAGACCUAGCUGAAUGCAGCAGAUAUAGUAAUGGAAUCACAGCAUCCUUUCUGUUGGAAAAGACCUCUAAGCUCAUCCAGUCCAGCCGUUCACUCAGCAGUGCCAAGCCCAGCACUAAACCACGUCCCUGAAGUGCCAAGGCCUGAACAGCAGGCCCUGAGCCAAAGGUGACUUCUGGAUGAACCUUCCAACCAAAGGUUAUCUUUGUAUCUGCUCACUGAUGAAAUAUGCAUGGCCAUUAGCACUGUGAUAGAUGUAGCCACUCCUUAGUGACACACGUAUUGAUCUUUUUGUAUUGGCAAGCCAGACAAGGCCAUGAAAUCUGACAUCUGGCCUUGUUUAGGGAUGAAGGAUCAAAGUCAGCUCCUUUGGUUCCUCCUUGAGCCCUGGCCAGGCUUUGGGAGGAACCCAAGAGGAGGAUGAAACCAGAUGUUCCUGCACUAGAAGUGCUGUCAGUUUGUUCAUUCAGCACUGUCAGAGCUGGGCCCUCUCACAGUGAGGUUGGAGCCUCAGCUGUGGCUGGAGGCACCUGCAGGAAUUCCCAGUGUCCAGGAGUGGCUCUGCAGUCCUUGGCUAUGACAGCUUCCCCCUGCUGCUGUGUGGAUCUGGGGGAUGGUGGAGUCUGAGGGACACUGGUGCUGGAUCUUUCUUAAUCACUGCUGCAAUCUUUGGUGCUGAUGAUUGGGUGCAUUGCUGAGCUGCUCCUUUUGUGAUUCUUUGCUGCUUUGAGCUGCAGUAAAUGACACUGAUUCCUUCAGUUGGAGUCUGUGUCUUUGGUGCUGACCCUGCCCACUGGUAAAACAAAACUGGCAGAGUCUGGCCAGAUCACAGCAAAAUGUCACUUGUUAAAUGUAAAUGUGAGGAAUCAGUGGCAUCAGAAAUUCCCAGAUGGGAAGCCCUUCCCUGGAGUUGGCUGGCUCUGGAGUGGGCUGAGGUCGCAGCACUGUGUGAGCACUGGGGCAGUUGGUUAAAAGAAGCUGAACCCCUGGAUGUCUUAAAAUGUAUCCAAAAAUUGCAUAUGGAAAAGGAAAAGAACUUGUGGGUUUGGGCAGACAAAGAUGAAUUUGUUAACCGUACAUUGAAAACAGCACCUUCAGAAGGAACAAUUCUUGUUGGAAUGCUCCCACAUGGAGCAACAGAAGAAGGUUUUAAUCUUGAGCUCCGAUGCAUUUGUGCAAGUGAAAUAUUAAUAUAAUAAAUAAGUAUGUACAUAUUUAUAGUAUA